AUGGAUGGAAUGCCAGAAGCAGCAUCACUGGCACUGGCGGUCUGGAGAGACGCCAAUAUUGAAGUCGAAGAACCGACCGCAUCGCCUGUCUGGCGGGUCCUCAACACACCGGAACUUCUGGAGAUGAUCCUACUAGAGCUCGGCCAUCUCUCAGGCCACGCACUGCAAGUCGAGAAAGACGUCAAAGCAGAUCAAGAUGCUGGUCGAUGGCACGCACCAAGUGGUCUCCGCACUCUGCUGUACUGCCAGCGUGUGAGUCGUACCUUCCGAGACGCAAUCCAAAGCUCCUUCUGGGUCCAGCAGAAACUAUGGUUCACUCCCACUGCAGGCAGUGCAGCAGAUGCCAGCAUCGGUCAUCGACGCAAUCCCAUGAUUCACGAUCUGGGUCCCGCCAGAAUGGACGCCCUUGGCAUCAAGUUCUUCACGCACCAGACGAGAACUUACCAGGACGACAACGGUGUAUCUUACACCAGACCUUGGGUGGCGAUCAGCUUCGAUGGUGCAGCACUGCGGAAACAGGCCGAGAGUCAUGAUCAGGCGAUCUGGAGGAAGAUGCUCGUUGUUCGUCCCUAUGAGCCGGAGAUGAGGUGGACGGUGUGGUUGGACGAUUUGCAUAUUCACUCUGGCAGGCUGCAUUUGGAGCCACCUUUGGCGUUUGAGAAGUUGAUUGAUUUUGCUUUGGAGGAGGAGUCGCGAGCCGCGGCGGUGAGGACGGCGUUGGAGGCUAGGAUCAAGAAGGGGAGACCGUGGGCUGAGUGA